AAAAAAAGCUAAAUAAGUUAGCGUACUACUAGGGAUUCUGGGAAUUGUAGUCCCCCCCCCGCGAGCAGCGGCGUCAGUCUUGCGUCAUCAUUCGGUCAUGUAGCUAGCUAGCAACACCUCGCAGCGGAGAGAGAGAGAGAGAGAGCUUGGGAUGGCGGGGGAGAAGAGCGGAGAGGACUUAGUUUCUGAAUACCUGGAUCAGAACCCGGAGCUGGCCCAGUGGGUCGACACUUUCAGGGGCUAUUGUGAGACCAACAAGCAGUGGUUUGCUCGGAGAGAGUUCAUACUGAGGAACAUGGAGGCUUUCCCCACCGUGGAGCCGGGAGUAGUGCCCAGCAGCGGCAGCAGCAGUCUGGACAGGCUGCUCUCUCUGUCCAUGGUGUGGGCCAAUCACGUUUUCCUCGGCUGCAGCUAUCCACAAGCCGUGAUGGACAAGAUCAAGGAGAUGGGCGAGGGGAUCGUUGUGGAGGACGCUCCGGUCCACAGGACCACAGUGGACGGAGUCAUGGCCAAAGGAAAGCGCGGCGCCACAACUGAGGGUGACGCUGACAGCUGUGUGAAGAGAGCCAAAUGUGGGCCUAAUGAGCUUGACAGUCGACCUGCUGGGAGGACAUCUACGAGGCCCGCGGGUCAGAAAUCAGGACCUCCUCCACAGGCUCCAGCAGAGCACCAGCCCUUCUUCAACCGCCUCUACAAGGCGGUGGCAUGGAAGCUGGUGUCGGCGGGGGGCUUUGGACCCAACUUGGACCAUUUUGAAAUACUCCGUAGCUGCGUGGAGUCGUGUAAACAGACCCUGGCUUGUGUUUUUGUGCCACUGAAGGACAUUGCGGGCCUGCCCGCGGGCCGCACGCAGAAGGAAGGCCACGUGUGUGAGAUUCGCUGUCAGACUGUUUACAUGGGGACGGGAUACGGGCGUGACGAGUCCGCGUCCAAAGCCAUGGCUUCCAAAGAGGCCCUAAAAGUCUUUCAGGGGCGGAAAGUGACAGUAAAGAUCUGCAGGCGGAGGUACAAAGGGAAAGACGUGGAGGAUUUGGUGUUGUUGGACGAGCAGCCUCGGAGUCAGGGCUUUCCUCCUGCGCUCAGCUACCCUUUUCAGGACGAGCAGCUGGAAGACGCUUCUUCAUAGAGCGCAGACCUGCUGCGAUGCCUGUCGAGAGCAAGUGACACUUAAUUGAACGGAGCUACUGAAGAAAUCCAUGAGCGUGUCGGGACCAGACUGUUAAAGCAGCCGAACCAUCAUAACUGGACUUUAGAAUCAUUGAGUAACUUUGACUGUCACCAUGGGUUUCCAACAACACUUUGGUAUCACAGCACAGGUCACACACUGUUUAGAAUAUCUGGGAUACAUUAUUAUACUGUAUCAAUGACAUUUUCAAGCGUUUUAUAAAACGGCAAACAGUUUAAUGAAGCGCGUUGAGUCGGAACAUGUGCCAUCAUUUAAAAGUCAAGCAGCCGUAAACUGGCGGAAAGUUGAAAUAAAGGGAGGAUAAAAUGCCACCUGUUUGUAUUCUAGGGGACGUUUGAGAUCAUAUCGAUGCGAUUAUUCAUCCCAACUAUGUGGAAAAGAUGUUUUGGCCAUCACGUGGUAUUAGGACUUGCGUGUAUAUAUCCUCCCCCUUCGUUCGUUGCUGUUGUGGCGGGUGCGGUCACACCUAGUGUUUGUUCCAUUUCGCUGAUGACCUCUCACUUUGUUUGCUUCCAUUUUUGCUCAGUUACAAGGGAAACAAAACCAACAACUGCUCUGUCUUUCUUCUGGGGUACAGAUGUUUGCAGCAGGACGCAGUCGAACCUUUUUCUAAACACGACGGAUUCGUCUUUAGUGUUCGCACCAGUCGAACACAAACAUAUUCGAAGAUGUAGUAUUGUAUGAAUGCAAACAUUAUUUUCAUAUGUCAGUUUUUUCAAGUGACUGUUGGAUCUCAGAUACCAACACUUGUUUUUUUUUUUCUAAUCGUACCCGUUCACCGUUUGAACGCGUUCUAUGGCCCACUCUUCCAAACGCUGUCGGUAUGUGACCCAAGUUGUUUAACAAGAGCUCCAGUUCACUUCCAGUCAGUCCAACUCUUCAUAAAACUGUCACAAAGACUCGCGUUUCCGCAAUCAAAGUAACGCCACAACAAAUCAACUCGAAGCGUGAGUUUUGUUCUUACGGUUUUCGGCUCGUGUUUCUCCCCAGUAACCCUUCAUACUGUCCACAGACGUACUAAAGGCUUUUAUUUAAUUUCAUUGUUUAAUCUCACUGAUCACAGAUCUGCACUAUGUUAAAAGUAUUUAACAAAACACAGUUCAAUUCAGCGUGUACAGUUCUGAAGUGCUGCUGUGAUGUGUGAUUUAUUUUUUGUUUUUUUGUUCCUAGUCCUGGG